AUGGUUGAUGUCGACAUCGACGCGUUCUUACGACAAGGCUAUUGGCCCAGUUCUAGAGCUAAAAGCCCAGAUUCACGAUUUGCUACUUCGAAUACGCCAUCAAGUCAAUCCUCUUAUGUCAAUGUGACGGAUUCGAGUCAAUUACCAUAUAACACCCGUCGCCAGCGCGAUUAUCCCCCACCUCCGAGUGUUGAGGAUGAGACGGCAUCGCUCGCAAAGGAAUAUAAAGCUACGGUCCCGGUUCCGGGUGAGGGGCCGAUUCACCGAGGGGACAUUGACCAGCAACCUAUCCUCCUUCCCGUGCAUGAAUUCAAUCCCGAGAGGCGCUUCGUUCUAGUUCCCACACCAUCCGAUUCUAUUAGUGAUGAUUCCUCCGAAAAUGUUAAGAAGCUGCCGAGGCGACCCAAAUCAAGGGAUAUAAAUCCUAAGCCCGAUCCCGAUCCCGAAUCCGAUCCUACCUCUUAUGAAGCUAACACCGGCCGCAAGUAUGAGUCGCGUUCGCGCCGUGAAGAAUCACCUGAAGCUAAAUCGGACCCUGAACCAAAACGUGAGCGACGCCGGAGCAAACUCGAACAGUUGCCUACUAUAACUACGGACAUUGAGCCUGAUUCUCGGAGAUCCGAUACAAGGAGACCGAAAUCUACGACAAGAUCUGAUAAAGGUGAUGAGAGUUACUACUCUCCUCGUCAUCAUUCUCGACUUCAGUCUGGGAGUAUGUUGUCCCCGGAUGUCAUAGAACAUGCUAGCAGAGGGAGGGACCGAGCAUACUAUAAAGGGGGUUCAGAUUCUUAUACUCAAAGUCGUAAUCGCUCAGCUCAUCCUCAUGUCGAGUAUGAGAAGGUUCCUCGGGACGAUAGGAAAUAUAGAGAUAAGCCCAUUAAAUCCACAAAGUCGAUAAGUCCUACUCAUCACAAACGACGCUCGACCGCGGAUAUCCCCCACCACACGAGAUCAUCCUCAAAGGUAGAUUAUGGGAAGCCGCCGCCGUAUACCGAGCGUCGGUCGCCAAGAGCUGACGAUUCUGUUCGUAAGCCAUACGAGCGGGAUACAGUAUCUCAAGCAUCAUCUGAUUCCGAUGAGAGGCCAGAAGUCCCACCUCAUGGCGAACGUAUCUAUUCAAGUGAUGAAGACGCAUCAUACCGAGCCCUUCCCCGCCGUCAUCGGGAUUCAUUCGUAUCCAGCGAUGGCAAAUUUUGCCUCCAAAGUCCGGCAGAAAUCAGACCCAGUAGCGACCGAAGACCUCGCGGCACCUCACCGUACCCGUCUUCGAGAACUUCUCAGAUCUACGAAAGGGAUUCGCCAUCAUCGAGUUCGCGUAGCUCUACAUUUCCCAAAGAUAUUAAAUUUUCACGGAGCGAGCAUCGUUCUCAGAAUUCAUUAUCUCGCUCUUCUACGGGAAGAUCUGAGCUUAAAUCUUCUGCUCCAAUCGUAAUUCCUGCUGCCGCCGCCGCCGCUGCUGCUGCCGCCACAACUGCAGCGUUUGCAUAUUCUGGCUCUCCAACUGACCCGCGUAGGUCGGGUAUACUCCCACCACCUAGAGUAGGAUCUAUCCAGCAAGAUCCUCGCUCGUCCACGUCGGCAUUAUCGACGAGUCCUCAGAGACACGCUCGCCACCCGGUAGAAUCAGGUUCGCCGAGAAGUAUUGUCAGCACAAAACACUCUAUGCCCCCGUAUAAACGAUAUAUGGACGAAGUCCAAGCUGGCGAACUUCCUGAUAUGCGCGACUGUCCUCGCAGGCAACCAACUGCCGGGCACAUGGAUUGGCUAACACUUCCCCGCUGCGACAAUUUCGAUAUCUGUCCGUCGUGCUACGAAGCCACGUUUUCCCGCACCGAAUUUGCGCACCAGUUUGUCCCGGUGCCGUUCCGCUCGACAGAUCGCCACAUCGUCUGCGACUUCGGCACCUCGCGAUACUACCACAUCGCGUACUUCCUGACCAGGAAAUAUGGCAUGGCGGACCUAGCCAUGUUCCGAAACAUCGCCAACGUCACCGCCAAGAGCCAGCCCUGCGCGGGCGCCAAGGAGGUCUCGCGCAUAUGGUACUCGGUCAAGGACCCGCGCUUGGGCCGCCCCGUCGAGAGCUUCACCGCGUGCUUCACGUGCGCCAAGACGAUCGAGGUCCUGCUCCCGAACCUGACGGGGCUCUUCGUGCCCAUGGACUCGCCGGCCGAGGCGACGCGGGGCGUGUGCGCGAUGCACCAGGACAACGAGCGCAGGUUUCUGUUCUAUUUCGACCUACUGGAGGCCGCGGCCGACAAGGCCCUGAUCACGAAGAGCACGCCGGACGUCCAGGCGCUGGCCGACCGGCUGCGCGACCUGACGGCCGUGCCCGAGUGCGCGCGCAGCACCCCGAUCCAGAACGGCAAGUGGUACACGAUGCGGUCGAUCCCCGACCUCACGGUCUGCGAGGAGUGCUUCGGGGAGGUGGUGUGGCCGAUGAUCCAGCGCGACAGCAGCUCCAUCGCGGCUAACUUCCACAAGAACCCGCAGCUGCUCCCGCUCGCGGCCUGCCAGCUGUAUUCCGACCGCAUGCGCAACAUAUUCCAGUGGGCCGUGCGGCAUAACGACUUGCGGUAUCUGGAAGCCAAGGUCAGGGAGCGGUUGACCAAGGAGCAGGAAUACCACGCUACUAUAGUAGGGCUUGACCCGCGCCGCUUCGGCAAGGAGUGGGUUGACGCCGAGCUCGAGCAGGCAACGAGAGAGUGGCAGAGGUGGGAGUAA